AAGCGGCAGAGCCUUGAGGCUAUCACCGACCAGUACCUCUUCAACCUUACGCUACCCCAAUUCACUGCGAAACGAGAUGCCCGCUCGCCGGCGACACUAGACUGGCGCUCCGAGAAUUGCACGCUGGCGCCCGACAACCCGCUCGGGUUCCCCUUUGUCCAGGCAUGCCAUCGCCACGACUUUGGCUACCAGAAGUAUCAGAAUCAGAACCGCUUCACAGAAGCCGCGAGGCUCGCAAUUGAUAACCAAUUCCGAAUGAGUAAUUUAAAUUUUAUCUAA